ACACACGCCAUUUUCAGCGAGCGUGAGAGCUCUGCAGCACACCAGUACAAGGCUAAUUGCAUAGGAAAGUAGGUCAAACGACUGGCGGGGAAAUAACUCAGCAGAUCUCGACUACAAUCUUCAAUUUGACCUCGUCUACAAUUCGUCAAUCAAUAGUUCCGGAGCCCAAUGUGCUUGAUAGGUUGGCCAGACCAAAACACAUUUUCGAGUGUUGGCCCUGGUUGAUUAAUAGAUUUUUUCGACUAGAACAUUACCACUGAACACCGAACCAGGUAUCUUGGCAGAAUGAAGAGAAGUCUAAGAGGAACCGAGCAGCAGGAUGCAGGGGGCACCAGCUGUGGGACUCCAGAGUUCUGCAAACGUAAACGCAAGCAGAGUUCUGACGAGAGCGACUGGGAAGAGGAGGGCCUGGACUGGGGGCGUCUACCCCAGGAGAUCCUGCUCCACAUCUUCCAGUACCUGCCUCUGCUGGACCGUGCUUAUGCCUCCCAGGUGUGCCGCAGCUGGAACAUGGCCUUCCACAUGCCGGAGUUGUGGAGGUGCUUUGAGUUUGAGCUGAACCAGCCGGCGAGCUCCUACCUGAGGGCCACGCAUCCUGACCUCAUCAAGCAGAUCAUCAAGAAGCACUCCAACCACCUGCAGUACGUCAGCUUCAAGGUGGACAGCAGCACAGAAUCGGCAGAGGCAGCCUGUGACAUCCUGUCUCAGCUGGUCAACUGUUCCCUGAAGACACUGGGGCUCAUCUCCACAGCCAGACCCAGCUUCAUGGAGCUGCCCAAGUCUCACUUCAUCUCGGCCCUGACGGUGGUGUUCGUCAACUCCAAGUCUCUGUCCUCGUUGAAGAUCGACGACACGCCCGUGGACGACCCCUCCCUCAAGGUCCUGGUGGCCAACAACAGCGACACGCUCAAGCUCCUGAAGAUGAGCAGCUGCCCCCACGUCUCCCCAGCAGGCAUACUGUGCGUGGCCGACCAGUGCCACGGCCUGAGGGAGCUGGCGCUCAACUACCACCUGCUGAGCGACGAGCUGCUGCUCUCGCUGUCCUCCGAGAAGCACGUGCACCUGGAGCACCUGCGCAUCGACGUGGUGAGCGAGACCCCGGGCCAGCACUUCCACGCCCUCAAGAAGAGCAGCUGGGACGCCCUGGUGCGCCACUCGCCCAAGGUCAACCUGGUCAUGUACUUCUUCCUCUACGAGGACGAGUUUGGGCCCUUCUUCCGCGACGAGAUCCCCGUCACCCACCUGUACUUCGGCCGCUCCGUCAGCAAGGACGUCCUGGGCCGGGUGGGGCUGCACUGCCCCCGCCUGGUGGAGCUGGUGGUGUGCGCCAACGGGCUGCGGCCCCUGGACGAGGAGCUUAUCCGCAUCGCCAAGCGCUGCACCCAGCUGUCGGCCAUCGGGCUGGGCGAGUGCGAGGUGUCCUGCAGCGCCUUCGUGGAGUUUGUGAAGAUGUGCGGCCGGAGGCUGUCCCAGCUGUCCAUCAUGGAGGAGGUCCUGGUGCCGGAUCAUCACUACGGCCUGGACGACAUCCACUGGGAGGUGUCCAAGCACCUGGGCAGGGUCUGGUUCCCUGACAUGAUGCCCACCUGGUAGAGCACUGCUCUCCCAAUAAAGUGUGUGUGUGAAUGUGUGUGCACAUGCUUAUGUUUGAAUAAUGAGAUCGUGAGUGCGUGUGUAUGCACGGCUCUUCAGCUAUGUUUAAAUUCUGCGUCCCAAGGGAGCACUUAGAAGGACAGUCUCUACAGUUGUUUUUCAGUGGUUGAUAUCAGACUUCCUUUGUGUGUGGAGGAUGUCACUUCCCCUGACACCUUCCGUCCACACCUAGGAGGAAUUUUACUCUGGGUUUCCUGUAUGCUCAUCAAGACAAUUCCGCAGAGUUGAACCCUAACAAGAAUCAAUGGCAUUUUGACAUAGACGACAGCUGUCCUCAAUCUUGUGGAACAGCCUGAUUUAAUAGCCAGAGUCAGGUUGAACCAGGCAGACCAGAUGUCGUUUUUCAUGUAAAACCAAAAUCAUUACAAAUAAUUCUCACUUUAUGGGAACAACCCAGAAGAAAGAUAAUUGUGGAUGUUCCAAGAGCAUCACUCCAGCAAGUCUGCAUGGUCUCUCUCCAUCACCUCCUUGGAUUACUACCAUGGUGUCUCUCCAUCACCUCCCUGGUUCACUACCAUGGUGUCUCUCCAUCACCUCCCUGGUUCACUACCAUGGUGUCUCCAUCACCUCCCUGGUUCACUACCAUGGUGUCUCUCCAUCACCUCCCUGGUUCACUACCAUGGUGUCUCUCCAUCACCUCCCUGGUUCACUACCAUGGUGUCUCCAUCACCUCCCUGGUUCACUACCAUGGUGUCUCUCCAUCACCUCCCUGGUUCACUACCAUGGUGUCUCUCCAUCACCUCCCUGGUUCACUACCAUGGUGUCUCUCCAUCACCUCCCUGGUUCACUACCAUGGUGUCUCUCCAUCACCUCCCUGGUUCACUACCAUGGUGUCUCUCCAUCACCUCCCUGGUUCACUACCAUGGUGUCUCUCCAUCACCUUCCUGGAUCACUACCAUGGUGUCUCUCCAUCACCUUCCUGGAUCACUACCAUGGAGGCUCCAGAGCUCCUAGUGCUACCAGUUAGAGAACAGCUUGGUGCAAAGGCUAUAGCAUUGUGAGUAGUGAUGUAUCUCUGAAUAUGGGUUUGUCUGAUUCUCUGUCGUUUUGGUGUGGCUCCAUGUUUGUCCCAAGCGUGUAAAUAGAUAGCUUGUGUAAAUAGAAAUGGUUUGGAAACUAGUGAACGGGUUUUGCUGUUAGAUAUUUCAAUGUUGAUGUAAAUAUGACAUAUAUGGAUGUAGACCACCCAAUCAAAACAUGUGAAUGUUGUGCCACGCCAAAUGAAGGAUAUACGUUUGCGAGACAUAAAAAAUGUCUUGGUGCAAGUGUGGCAUGACCUUGUGUCGUCCGUUGCAAUUGAAAAGUGAAAGUCAAGUAUAUCUUGAAGGUUUUCGUAAGAAAGAAAAGACAAACCACAAAGUGUUUCUGAAAUGAACAAAGAAGGAUGUGGGGGUUCAAGUUGGACGUUGGCAUUGGAGCCAAUUUGAAAAAGUAUACCGGCACAGCUGUAAAAUGGCCUUGAAAGACAACAUGUAUGGGUGGUCAUUGGAGGAUGAUGGUCCAUUGUUAGUCUGCUCUGAAACGAGUGCAUAUGAAGUGGUUUGUGUCCAUUCAUGUGUUUACCCAAUUUUACCCAAUACAAAAACAAAUAAAUAGCAUUUUCUUUUAACCUUCGCAAUGUGGGGGGUCUGAGACAGCCCGACGGUUAAAAUAAAAUGCUUCACUUUGUUUUUGUAUGCGGUAAAGUUGUCGCAAUACAAUGGUGGGUCAGAAUGACUGAUGGGUCAGAAUGACCCGAAAUUAACACAAGGGUUAAGGACCGAGGCAUCCCAUUCACAAUGACAGCUGUGCUUGGUAACGUGUGUUAUUGUGUGAGCCAGUGGUGGGGCUGGAGUUGAGAAGUCGCUGUGUUCCGUCUUGAGGCUAUAACUGCUACAUCUGUUGUAAGUGAGCUGUGUGUCCUCGUAGAAGCUAGGAUAUGGACUUAAGACUAUGAUUCUAUUCAGAUUCCACUAUUGAACUGUAUCUUUAUAAUCUUAGAAUCUAUAUUUGGGCAUUUUGUAAUAUUGUUGGGAUUUAAGUACACCUAACUAAUCCUUCUGGUCCUCUUAAGUAAAUCAGUAACAUCCCGAGGGUGUUGAACGCAGGCUUUUCACCAGACUCAGUUCCUGCUAUUCGCAACUCUACUUGGAGCACAUUGACUUUGGUCUGACGAGUGUAAGAGGCUUUGUGUGACAACGGUAUGGACUGAUCCAUAGACUUACUGGUAAUACAGACCCCAUCCUCUCUUAUCCAAGAGCUUGGAAAUUAGAAAUUAGGGGAAGGCAGUGAUGUUCAAAUGUAUGUUAUGCACCUGUAGGGGGUUAGACCUGCUGUUACCACCAAAGUCAUCUUUUACAUCCCAU